AUGCCUUUCCUCACCAGCAGCGUCCGCCACGCUCUCUCGGCUGCCACUCUCUUGACCGCCCUCGUCGACGCGCAGCAGUGCUAUUAUCCCGACGGAGCGCCUUCGGAGGAUACACCCUGCAGUGAUGGAGAGGGAGCUUCAUCGUGUUGUGGAUCGGGAUCGUUCUGUAUGGACAAUGGAUUGUGUUUUGGGGGAGGGCUGGUGAGCAGAGGGAGCUGCACGGAUAAGAGCUGGAAGAGCGAGGCGUGUACGGGAUACUGCAAGGCAGGUGUGUGUGAAUCCCGAGCACUGUGAAUUCAAUUGAAGGCGGUGGAUUGGAGAACUGACACGAAGAAACGUAGACUUCCCCAGCGGCAGCAUCCCCCUGAUGCCCUGCUCGUCCAGCACGUUCGUCUGCGGCCUCUCGGCCUCCUGCUCCAACACCACAGCCGUCUUCUCCCUGUCCGGCACCGGCUCCAUCGUCCUGCGCCCCUCCCAAGUCGACUCCAUCGUCCGCCCCGCCCUCAGCAGCCUCGAAGCAUCCUCGAAUGCCUCCUCCUCGCUGAACACGACCGCCCUAUGCGCCCACACCCCGGGCUUCUACACCUCAGGCGCCAUGGCCGGCCUAGGCUGCGCCCUCGGCCUACCCCUCCUCUUCUGCCUCCUCGCCAUCGCCCUCUCCCUCCACCGCCGCUCCCAGCGCGCCAAGCCCCCCAAACUCAUGUACAAGCUCCCGGACGACCACGACGAUUUCCAUUCCCAUUCCCAUUUCCCGCGUCCGCUGCCGCCUCUCGAUCGCUCGCGCACCGCCCUGUCGCCACUCUCCCCCAUGCCUGUCUCCCGCAACGGCAGCGAGUGGAGCCUCGCCAUGAGCUCCGCCGGCAAGGAAUCCUUGGCGCCGCCCGUGCACAUGCAGAGUUUCCUGGAGCGGUACCAGGCUAUGAGCGAGAAGGCUAAUGGGGGGCGGACGCGGGUGGUGGAGUUACCCGGGAGUCCGACGGUGCAUGAGUUGAGCGAUAUGAAGGUCAAGAAGAAGAAGAUUGGGGGGGAAUGA